AUGGGGAAAGAUAAAAGUGCCAAGAAAAACGAUGGCAAGAAAGUGAAGCAGGCUGCCAAGUUCAAUAAGGCAGCGAGCAAGAAGGAUCUCAAGAGCAAGGGUAAAAGCGACAAGAAGAAGAAGAAGAAGUCUUCUACCUCGGACGGCUCCAGCGCCAGUGGGAGUUCUUCGGAGGCCAACCCGCACUUGGAGGAAGCCAAGGAGCACCUCCUUACUGUGGGCAUGGCCUUUGGAUUGCUUCUCGUUUGCAUUCAGAGUCCAGUGCCGUCCAUAUGCACUGCAUCGUUCCGAAAACCGCCAUUGGAUCGCACGCUGUGUCGUGGUUCCAGGAAGCAGAAAGACCUCAGUCUCAACAACCAGAAGUGCCAUCUCAGAGACAUCACGGCGCCCCAGUUGGCGACCAUCCUCGUGGGAAUUGUCCCAGUUUUGACACCCAAUGCGGUCAUGAAGUUGGGAGGCGAUGUGGUUCAAGUUCGCAAAAGCCUGACGGUCCAGGCCAAGUCGAUGCAGUCGGCGGCAGGCAAGCACGACCAGCACACCUUGGAAACCAAAAUGGACAUGCUGAAGAAGGAGAGUGGGGCAGAGAGGUUGUUGCACGCAGAGUGGGAGGGUCUGGGUGCGGACGUUCGAGACAGCCGGCUCGAGAUUCUGAAAGCCAAGAUGAAGGAGUGGGUGGCACAGAAUCAGGCAGACUUGAAGGAGUUGAAUAAGGUCCAAUCGUCGCCCCUUCCAAAACGAGGUCGCAGCAGCAACCUUCGUCUCGGGUCGAGCAGCGACAACGAUGACGAGAAGUCUGACAAGCAGGGCGAGGCCGAGGCAUCCCCGGAACCUGGCGCAAAGCCACGUGCAGGCAGCACAGGCAAGAAAAAGCCAAAAAGAGACGAUCACAAGGAGAUGCUCUCGCUCCACAACAACGCCGACCUUUUCCGUGGUGGACGCUUUGGUCCUCGGAAGGAACCCACGGACAAGAAAUGUAGUCCGCCGGAUCGGGUCGCUGCGGAGAAGGAGCCCAAGACGGAUGAUGUGUUGCCCUGGUUGCUGCUGGAGGAGCUGAACAUCAAGCGCUUUUUCGCGAGCCAGCCCGACUUGCUAGCACUCUCCGCCUUGCUCAGAAAUGAAGGCUUCGCGGAUUCUCGGCAUGACAUACCCCCGACUUCAAAAAAGGAGCAGCCGCAGGGAAUGUCGUGUUUGCAGUUCUUCUGCCGAGAGAUUGUCUGUUUUGUUAAGGACUCCCUUCGUGUCUUCCUCACCUCAGCCUUCGAUGACACGGACGACCCGGAGUCGCCGUCAUGGUGCAAAGCCGAGCUUGGGGAGGAAGCCCUCGGCAUUUUCAAAAGCUUCUCCUUCAGAGCCAAGAAGAACUUCGAUGCAUUCUGUGCGGAGAUGAAAACGAACAAG